AUGGGAGUCCCUCCAUUUCUCCAAAAGGUUGGAAAAUGGCUUUCUCCUCCGCCUUCGAAAUCUGAAGAUGGACGUGAUCAAUGGGGCUCAAGGGCGUCCUUCUUGCUAGCAGCAAUGGGUGGUUGCGCCGGUAUGGGAAACCUGAUUCGAUACCCUUCCCAAGUCUACAACAAUAAUGGUCUCCAAUGGUUCAUCCCAUAUCUCAUGUGCGUCUUCCUCAUUGCGAUCCCAGCCCUUAUUCUUGAAGUCAGCAUUGGUCAAGCCUAUCGCGGAGGCUCUGUCGUCGCUUUCAACAACAUCAACCACCGUCUCAAAGGUCUGGGCUUCAGUUUGCUGUACAUCGGUUUCAUGGUCACUCCUUAUUUCGUUGUCAAUUUGUCCUGGAUCAUGAUUUACUUCCGGAACUCGUUCCAAAGUCCUCUUCCGUGGGAGGGUCGCGCUGAGGAGUACUACUACCAAGACGUAGUCCAGAAUGUCGAUCCGAUCCCUGGUAACAAGACUUCCAACAGUGUUCAAGAUUACGUGCAGUACCCUGGUACUGCUCUCAUCGGAGAGACUGUUGGGUGGACUGCCUUUGUUUGGUUCCUCGUCUGGGUUUCCAUUUUCCGAGGUAUUGGCCAGACCGGCCGUGUCGUCUACUUUACCAUGGGCUUGCCUGUUAUUCUGACCAUCAUUCUCGUCGGUCGCUCUGUGUCCCUUCCUAACGCUGGUCGGGGUAUCAAGCUAUACUUUGGCGAGUGGAAUGGCGACAAGCUAGCUUCGGGCGAAAUCUGGCAGACUGCAGCAGGUCAGGUUUUCUUCUCGACAGGUGUUGGUUUCGGCUACUUCAGCUCCUACGCAUCUUACAACCAGAAACACUCUAACGCUGUUAUGGACUCUUGCCUUAUCGUUGGCAGCAAUGUUCUCUUCGAAGGAUUCGCUGCUUUCGCCGCCUUUGGUGUCGUUGGGUACUUGGAUAUGAUGCCUGUUCCUGGCGAGAGAAUCGGUUCUUUCACUAUCGGCUUCUUGACGCUCCCCACGGCUAUCACACAACUUCCUGGUUCUUCGUUCUGGGCUUUUGCUCUGUUCUUCACGCUCGUGGUUCUUGGAUACAGUUCGGCUUUCGCCAUGCUCGACGCUGUUGUCACACUAGUCAUGGAUACCAAACCUAGGAUUCGCCGUGAGUGGGUGGUAACAGGCCUUGUCAUCAUUUCGUUCCUCAUUUCUCUGCCUUACUGUACUCAGUUUGGUUAUGCUCUUCUCACUGGUGUUGACCGUUGGAUCAAUGAUGUCGCUCUAGUCUUUGUCGUCUUUUCCGAAUGCGCUUUCUCCACUACCUUUUACCGCUGGAGAGAUGUUGCUGGCCAGGUUGGAAAGCCUGCUUUCUUUAUCUGGAACUUUGGAUACUUCGGCGGUAUGGUUCUUGGUGUCGCUGUUGCCCACGCUGUUCAAGCUGAGGCUGGUGCCGGAGUAGGCUUUGGCAUCUUCAUUAUUUGUUCUAUCGUUUCUUGUAUUAUUGGCAAGACACCUGACGACAUUCCUCCCGCUCUCAGCUUUGGUGCAGAUAGAGGAUUUGUCCGCCGAACUAUUGGUAAGAGCGCUGGUCUCUCAAAGCUUUUCAGCAAUGUCUUUGUCCGGCGCUUCUGGUAUAUGGCCUUCUACUCUGGCCAGCAGCUUCGAAGAGAUCUUAACGUUAUUGUCGCAACUGGAAAGAACUGGAGUAUUCCCGCUUUCUGGCCUAUUGUUCUGCGCUUCCUCUCCGCACCUGUUCUCGCCAUCAUUUACGGUUUCGCUUACCCUGCCUUCCACGAGCUUCGUGAUGAUCCUCUCCAUAUUCUUGGAUUUGGACUUGCUCAUAUAUGCCUGGUCAUCAUUGGACUUGGAGUCCUCGUCCCCCGUUGGUAUAAUGUUAUCAUUCCUCCCGACCGUCGCGAAGAGGGCAAGAUUCCCUACGCACCGAAUGUGCUCUUGGAUGGUGAGGAGCCUAGAAGGGCCGAGUCCAUGGAGACCGGCGAGGGAAUUGGAAUCUCUGAAGGCAGUGAUAGCCAAGAGAAGAAACCACAGGACAGGCUGUAG